AUGGCACGCACUGCGGACUGCGUCAAUUCGCCAAGCUGGUGGCCGACGUGCGACACGGCCGCGGACCUCAAGUGUGCCAGUGGAUGGAAGCUGCUGCCUGGCGGCAAGGGCAAGGGCACUAUCUUCUUCCCCAAAGGAAAUCAGCGCACAACGCGCAGCUACAGCACCAUGCUUCAGCUCGUGGCGCCUGCCAGCAUGCCCGCAGCCAAGAAGGCCUACCUGGACGCGGCGAGAGAGUUUGUGGCCGCCGAACUCAACUUCCUCAGCGGCGCGCGGCUGCCCACUGUUGAGCUGCAGGACGCGUACGACGCAGUGGCCAAGUUCCUGGGCACCACCAGCGAGGGUAGUGCCAUGAGCAUGGACCAAGUUCGCGUGGUGGCGUUGCAGGCGGGGCUGCUAGGUCGCUACAACAACGGCAGUCUGCCCUCAAACUUCCAGGCCCCACAGCGGUGCACGUGA